CUUGUCUUUGACAUAAUUGACAAUUGGGUAGCUCACGUCUCUUGUCAAAACUUUAGGAACUGUACAUACAGCUUCAAUCACGAUUCCUUUGCAUUCACGCUGUGGGCCUUUGAUGGGCUUAAACCUAGAUCAGAAUGCCCUCAUUACCUCUCUUUCAUUCGCCGUCCACGUUUCUCACACUCACAUGCAUGUCCAUCUUUUCCUUACUCCAUCUCCCACUCAUCAACGCAACACUCACACUCCCACGCAUACUUCCACUCUCUCUACGCGACCAACAAGCGUCCGCCGAAUACACUAAUGAUAAAACGUUCAAGAACGCCGUCCUUAACGUCACAAACACGUAUCGCAGAUUGCAUAACGCGACAGCUGUGACCUGGAAUGAUACGAGUGCGAAAUAUGCGCAGGAAUGGGGGAAUGCGUGUGUAUUCAAGCAUUCUGGCGGUCCCACAGGUGAAAACCUCUCCUCCGGCUACCCCAACCUUACCAGCUCCCUAACUGCCUGGUACUAUGAAAACAUCCAAUAUUCCUACACCAAAGCCGAGUUCUCCAAACAUACCGGGCACUUCACGCAACUCGUCUGGAAAGCCACCACAACCGUCGGUUGCUCCCGCACCGAAUGCAACAACAAAAAUGACGGCGGCGCACCGGGCUGGUAUGUUGUUUGCGAGUACUAUCCACCGGGGAAUGUUAUCGGGUAUUUUAAGGAGAAUGUACAACAAGAGUGGCUUGGGAAGUCUGGGGAUUUGCUGAUUGCUAGGAUUCUGGUCAUGGUCGUCGCUAUGAUACACAUUCUGUUUAUAUGAUACCAACUCAGUUUGUUUCGUUUCGCAAUGUAGGGUGGUGCACGUAGAGUAUGAUCAGACGAUCGAUGCAGAUGGCCGCUAUAAGCGGCCCCAGGAAUUGCCAGCCUGUCCUAGAUGAGGCUGUAUGAUAAUAUUCUUUUCUCCAUCACCCUCUACCCUUUGACUUCCCCCAACCAUUCGGAGCCCCAAUCCGAAAAGCUCAUCCAUGCGCGCAAGGAUGUUUUAAACCGCCUAAUGUCUUCCCGAGACGAGAGAAGUAGCACCAACACCUCUCUGCACCGUCCAACCUCGAAUAAGGAAAGAAACGACAAUAGAAGGAUAAGCAACGCCAACCAUGCAAAAUAUGAUCUGCCAAAAGCGCCACUGAAAAUCGAUAUACCCAACCCAAGAAGAUUUGAUCCUAAUCCUACAAAUGAAACGAACGUGUAGGGUAUCUAUCGAAAACAACACCAUUUCAGCCGCACCGCU